AUGGCGGCGGCGGCGGCGGCGGCGGCGGCGGGACGGGCCCUGCCGGGACGGGCCCUGCCGGGGCUCCCGCUGCUCCCGGCCCGCGCCUGCGGACACGCGGCGGGCUGGGACCGGCGGGAGCGCUCCUACUGGCGGGCGCUGCGGCGCCGGGUGCUGGGCCCGCCCGUGCCGCCGUUCGCCGCCCCGGUGCAGGUGGGAGCCCCGGUGCUGCGCGGCGCCGCCGCCGCCGUGACCCCGGAGCAGCUGGGCGGCCCCGAGCUGCGGCGGCUGGCGGCGGCGCUGGCGGCAGGGCUGCGGGGCCGGCCGUGCCUGGGGCUGAGCGCUCCGCAGCUCGGGGUGCCGCUCAGGGUGUUCGCCGCGGAGCUGCCGCCCGCACGCUGCGCCCGGUACCCGCCGGCGCUGCGCCAGGCGCACCGCAUCGAGCCCUUCCCGCUCCGCGUCCUCGUCAACCCCGCCAUCCGCGUCCUGGACACCCGCCUCGUCACCGGCCCCGAGGGCUGCGCCAGCGUCCACGGCUUCUCCGCCUACGUCCCGCGGCACUGGGCCGUCCAUGUCACCGGCGUGGACGAGCUGGGGGUGCCGGUGAGCUGGGAGGCGUCGGGCUGGGCCGCCCGGAUCAUCCAGCACGAGAUGGACCACCUGGAUGGGAUCCUCUUCAUCGACCGCAUGGACAGCCGCACCUUCACCAACGUGGGCUGGAUGGAGCUGCUGGACUGA